GCCUUGCGUUCAGAAGACUGAGCUCCACGAUGGAGGCGACAUCAGAAAAACUUCCUCUUGAGGUGUAUGAUGGUGUGAUCAUGAAGCCCAGCAGAUCCAGUCGUCUCAGGAGAACUCUGAUCGCUGCCUUCAUUGCAGGAGCUCUUGUGCUGCUGGUUGGAGGAAUCGGCGGAUUUUACCUUUGGCAAAACACAGAUAAAGAAAGUUCCAGAAGAGAUGACAUCAAUAACGGAUUGACUGCUGUGGUUGUGUUUGAACAGGCGAUUACUGCAGACUCCUCUCGAAACAUCAACAUAAAGAUGAUCGACGAUUCCUUUGAGCUGAACUCCGAGAGCAAUCCGGAGGGAUUCACAACAGCCGCCGGAGACGGGAACAUUCUGGAAGCUCACGAUUUUAAAGCUGGCAUAACCGCGAUGAGGUUUCCUGCAGGAGAAAAGUGUUACAUCAGAUCCCAAAGCAGAAGUAAACUCUCCGAGGAGACAGAGAUCAUGACAGUCAGGUCUGAUGUGGAUUCUGUGGUUUGGAUCGUAUCUAAGGAACCUCUGAAGGACAGCAGUUUUCUCAGCCCUGAAAUACUGAGAUUCUGUGGAGAUCUGCCUGUUCACUGGCAGCAUCCUGAAAGCCCACGAGCGUUGCGGAAGAGAAGAAGCUUGAAGCGCCAGAGACGACAGAAUGAAGGGAGACCAAACCAAAGACAGUCGAGAGGUCGAAACACCACAUCCACUGAAAACCAACAGAGAGGAUCUGAGUUUAACUCCGAAAACCCAUAUCACCGUAACCAGGAAGCUGAAGAGACGAUGACCUUCGACCCCAUGUUGGAUCAUCUUGGCAUCUGCUGUACAGAAUGUCAGCGCAGUCACACUCACUGUGAGAGAGUUUGUGAGCCUCUCGGAGGUUUUGAGCCGUGGCCGUACCACUACCACGGCUGUCGGCCUGUGUGCAGGGUCAUCAUGCCCUGUCGCUGGUGGGUCGCUCGGAUCAUGGGUAUCGUGUAGGGACUGUCCGCACAUCCCGAGCUACACUAAAUAUGGUGCGAUUAGAUAUGAGAUACAAUAAAAAUAAAUAAUAGACAUGGAUGUUUUUUAUUUCUGAUAUCUAUUACAAAUAAACA